CAGAAAAGACUUCUUGAAAACCUUCACCCCCACCCAAAAACCAAUCCAUCCUCUCUCCUUCCUCUUCAAGAUCACGAGAUUUGUUCAUGAAGAUCGCCGUCUGACCUGGAAUUCCUCCGCCACCGCCGCCGAUCCACCUCGUCCGCCGCCGCCGCCGCCGCAUCGUCCGCCAUGGAUCCCAGCCAGCCUGUAGUAGAAAACUACGCGAACCCAAAGACAUGUUUCUUUCACGUUGUCUUCAAGGCUGCUGCUUUGGCGUUUUACAUAUUAUCUGCUCUCUUCUUCGAUAAUUUUGUCAUCAUUUUUGUGGUGACGGUCUUCCUUGGUGCUCUAGACUUUUGGGUUGUGAAAAAUGUGAGUGGGCGUAUCUUAGUGGGUUUGAGGUGGUGGAAUGAGAUAGAUGAUAAUGGUGAGAGUGUUUGGAGAUUUGAAUGCCUUGAUCAGGAGUCAAUGGCGCGGAUGAAUAAGAAAGAUUCGUGGUUGUUCUGGUGGACUCUUUACCUUACGGCAGUCGCGUGGACUAUCCUUGGUAUAUUCUCACUUAUAAGGUUCCAGGCUGACUAUCUCCUUGUAGUUGGCGUUUGUUUGACUCUCAGCAUUGCAAAUAUUGUGGGCUUCACCAAGUGCCGCAAAGAUGCCAAGAAGCAGAUUCAGGCAUUUGCUACCCAGACGAUUGCCUCUCGAUUUUCUUCUACGAUACAAUCGGCAUUUAGCGUCGUUUGAACCGCAUAUACCGCAAAGUAAACCUCGAGGGAAGAAUUCGCAUGAAGGUGAGACGUGAAAUGUGGUAGCAACUUGUGUAAAGAUGAUACCGAUGACUGUACUGGCCAGUUUUGGAUACGAUUCUUUCUAAUGGGAAAAAAGGGAAGUCUUGGGUCGAAUUUCUGUAGGAUACAUAAAUUUUACACUGUGCUUAUUGUAUCUCUCCCUCUCAUAGUACCAUGGACUUUGUAAUGAGCUCUUAAGCUGAAUGAUUUGAGUGUUCUCUGCGGUUUCUGUUUCGA